AAAGGCAACUGGCGCACACAAAAGAAACAGUCCAUAUUCGCUCUCCGCCGAUGAUGUUAAUCACUUAUGCGGACAAUAUCACACCACAAUAGAUCAUACAAUUCUGCCUGCGAUGACACAAAGCAAACCCGAUAAAGUGUCUCCGAUAUUUUAAAAUUCCCUCCAUUUUCGCCGCGCACGCGCGUUCUUACCUCUUUGACUGUGAUUGGCCGUGAAACGGAACGCACCGUUCAACAUGAGUGUAUUGCAAAACAGUGUUAGUGUCACUGUCAGUCGCUCUUCGUGCAAUAGCAAGGGGAGCAUGAUUGUUGUUUCGAAUAGGCUGCCUUUUAUUCUGAAGAGAAAUGAGAAAACCGGUGAAUUAGAGAGAAAGGCCAGCGCCGGCGGUCUGGUGACUGCUGUGGCGCCGGUGAUGAUCAGAGGGAGUGGCAUCUGGGUGGGUUGGCCCGGGAUACACCUGGACAACCCCAACGAGAAGAUCCCUGAAUCCGACCCCGAUGACAAAACGCCAACGGCUGGAUUGCUAUCCAGUAAGAUCGUUGCAAUUCAUUCCGAGCCCAAACUGUUCGACAGCUACUACAAUGGUUGUUGCAACGGCACCUUCUGGCCUCUGUUCCACUCCAUGCCAGACCGGGCGACGUUCAUCGUUGACCACUGGAAAGCAUACGUCAAAAUCAACGAGGAAUUUGCAAUGAAAACCAUACACGCUCUGAAGUUAUUGAAGGAAAAGAAAGAAAAGAAUGGGAAUGCACCGCCGAUUGUCUGGGUUCACGAUUACCAUCUCAUGUUGGCUGCCAAUUGGAUAAGAGAGCGUGCUGAAGAGGAUGAGAUAAAGUGCAAGCUUGCGUUUUUCUUGCACAUUCCUUUCCCUCCUUGGGACAUAUUCCGGUUACUUCCUUGGUCAGAUGAAGUUUUACAAGGCAUUUUAGGUUGCGACAUGGUAGGUUUCCAUAUAACAGAUUACUGCUUAAACUUUAUUGACUGCUGCCAAAGGAACUUGGGUUGUCGUGUUGACCGAAAAAACCUUCUGGUUGAAUUAGGCGGUCGUACAAUUUGCGUGCGACCUUUACCAAUCGGAGUACCUUUCGACAGAUUCGUCACAAUGGCUCAAAAUGCUAAGCCAGUACUUAAUAUGAGUCAGCAAGUAAUACUUGGAGUUGAUAGGCUAGAUUAUACCAAAGGAUUAGUACACAGACUUAAAGCUUUCGAAAGACUGUUAGAAAAGUAUCCAGAGCACAUAGAAAAAGUUGUGUUACUACAAAUAUCAGUACCAUCAAGAACAGAUGUGAAGGAAUAUCAGGACUUAAAGGAAGAAAUGGAUCAAUUAGUGGGAAGAAUUAAUGGAAGGUUCACGACACCGAACUGGUCUCCUAUUAGGUACAUUUACGGCUGCAUCGGUCAAGAACAGCUUGCGUCUUUCUACCGUGACGCUGCAGUGGCUUUGGUAACACCGCUUAGAGAUGGAAUGAAUCUAGUCGCCAAAGAAUUCGUGGCCUGCCAGAUUAACAAGCCUCCAGGAGUUCUUAUAGUAUCUCCAUUUGCUGGCGCGGGUGAGAUGAUGCACGAAGCACUUAUUUGCAAUCCUUAUGAGCUGGACUCUUGCGCUGAAGUUAUUCAUAGAGCACUUAUAAUGCCAGAGGAUGAGCGUACUGUCCGCAUGAACCACCUCAGGCGGAGGGAACAACUGAACGAUGUGGACAGCUGGAUGAAAGCAUUCCUCAAGGCCAUGGACUCCUUAGAAGAAGAGGAGGACGAUAUUGGUGCCACCUCCAUGCAACCUGUCACUAUUGAUGACUUCGAUGAAUACCUGUCCAAAUACAUCGGCUACACUCAGAAGUUGGCUCUCCUACUGGACUACGACGGAACUCUCGCGCCGAUCGCACCACACCCAGACCUCGCUACUUUACCACUCGAAACCAAGAACACCCUUCAACGUCUUUCUAACAUGUCAGAUGUCUAUAUAGCCAUAAUAUCCGGGAGAAACGUCAACAAUGUCAAGGAAAUGGUGGGCAUAGAAGGCAUCACUUACGCCGGUAACCAUGGCUUGGAGAUCUUACAUCCCGACGGCAGCAAAUUCGUGCAUCCCAUGCCUAUGGAACUGCAAGACAACGUCGUCGAUCUGCUAAAAGCUUUGCAAGAACAAGUAUGUAGAGAUGGUGCUUGGGUGGAGAACAAGGGAGCCCUCCUGACGUUCCACUUCAGAGAAACACCAGUGGCUAAACGUGCUGCUUUGGCUGAUCUGGCGAGAAAGCUCAUCACGGAUGCAGGAUUUGAGGCUGCGCCGGCGCACUGCGCUAUAGAGGCUCGACCGCCCGUGGAAUGGAACAAAGGUCGUGCAUCUAUUUACAUCCUAAGAACGGCCUUCGGAUUAGACUGGAGUGAAAGAAUCAGGAUCAUAUACGCUGGUGACGAUGUCACAGAUGAAGACGCCAUGUUGGCCCUCAAAGGUAUGGCAGCGACAUUCCGCAUAGCAUCAUCGACCAUAACGAAAACGUCAGCAGAAAGACGUCUCUCCUCCACCGAUUCAGUGCUUGCUAUGCUCAAAUGGGUCGAGAGGCACUUCUCCCGGCGCAAACCCAGAGCCAAUUCCUUAACGUAUAAAGGAGCUAGAAUGGCGCGUGAUACCCUUCAAAUGCAAAUGUCCUACCAUCUACCCACAAGGUCUCCAAGACAAACGCCUCCACGCACACCCGAAGUUAUAUCGAGCGGUUCGGAAUCGAGUUAAGCAAGAAGACUUAUCUAUGUAUUUUGUAUAGUAUCUAGCGAUUAUCAGAUGUAGUAAUUUAUUAGUUGCUAUUGAUAUAUGGUCAGGCGUAUAGUUCACAUAUUCUUGGCUAAAGCUUCAGUGCUCUAUCAUUGUAGCAUUCAUUUGUAUUCAAACUAUUUUUACGCUUAGCUAAAUAUUAGAUGACUACGAGACAUGGGGAAUUAUAAUGCGCGAGAAAUAUCUAGAUUAUCAAAAUAAAACAGGUUUUACAGAGAUAUUAUAUUCUUUUUGGUAAUCAGGUUCAAUCGCUCUAAUGUUUAUUGAAAAAUAUUUCGAAUGAUAAUGGCUCGCAUUUCUCAUUAGAUUCGUGGCUUUUAGUUUUAGAAGAGGUAUAGUAAACAAAUGUUUUACCAUUUAUUGAAAACUACCGGCAGAAAGACCUAAAAUAUAUUUUUUUUAAAUACUACUUUAUUAAAACAGAAUGUUACAAAAUUUAGGUUGCAAUUUUCGUAUCUUUUCUAAAUUGGGGUGUAUUUGGUAUCCAUGUUAAAGCGCCUUUUACACUACUCGUGAAGUGCUCUCAAAGCUGAUCGCAUUCCGCAAAAACUUGUUACUUUGAGCUCUCCCCAAAGUUUCACACUAGUGUAACUUUAGUUGACCUUGAGUCAGCCGCACGAUAGUACUUUUGUUGUUAUAACAUGAAUAACGUUCAAGAGACCGCUACUUUUGCGUGUUUUUCAUUCAAUGUUAAUUACAAAGGAAUUGGUUGACGUUUACAAUGCCCCAGAACAGAGUUAUUUGGUAAACCAGACAAAAAGCAUCCAUCAAACUGAAGAAUGCUGCGAACACCUCGCGAUGUGACACGAGGUUGCACGAAGCGAAUCGAAGAACCUAUCUAUACUAUUCCCCUCAGCCAACUUUGAUCAGAUUCAAGAGUAGUGUAGCAAGAGUUAGAAGAAUGUUUGAUUAGGGCUUCAUCAGCUCGAUGUGAUAGAGUAGUGAUAAUUUGUAUUUUAAGGCUGUUUAUUUUCGUAAGUUAUUUUUAUAAUAAUUUAUAUUAUGUAUGGUUUAUCAGCCCGCUUACAAUUUAAAUAACCAAACAAUUAAAAAAAAAAUUUUUUUUUGUUCGCCUGCAACUUAAAUAGCUCAUUCUCGGAUUUUCACACACUGACUUUUUUCGUCUUAAAACAGUGAACCAGUUAAUCUGUUCAAAGACUAUUUCACCUCUAAUGUUCUAAACGUUUACCAUAAAAUGGAGAAAAUCAGAAAAAGCUAGUAACAUUUCGCGGGCGAGACGUCAGACGUGCGCGGGGUGUUGUCACCGUUUUUGGAUAUAUGUCUUCACUCCAUGUCUUCAAUGCCUGAAUGCAGGUUGUGUAUGUUUUAAUUCUAUGGGGUCGAUGUUAAAAUAAUGUUUAUUAACGGAUACAAACUAUACAAAUUUAUGACGUAUUUAUAAAUUGAAGUCUCAUCUUGAAUAUUAUUAUAAUAGUGAGAAUAUUUUGAAAUUGAAUGCUCUGUUUUAGUGAUUUUCAAAUAUAAAAGUAUAAAUGACGCCAUUUUAGUUGCACACAAAAGUUAAUAGACUUCGACGAAAUAUGUAACCGUCCUUUUCCAUAUAAUAUUGCGGAAAGGAUUGCACCACGUUUAACAUCUUACUUGCAAAGUUUUGGGCGUCAAUUGCAUUACUAAAUUUUAAAUAUUUAUCAUAAAAGAACUAAUUUAUAAUCCGAUCGAUUAUAAGUUUGUAAACAAUCUAUUCUUGUAAGUUUCUUAGCGUUUAAACAAUAAAAAUUUACAUAUUAUUUAUAAGAUAAAAUGACAAUUGUGUCUCACUAGUUUUGAUGUUAACACUGUAUAAGAUAUUUGGUGUAAAAAUGUAAAUGUGUUUUAACCAAUUCAUUUUAUAAUAUAAACCCAAACAUCCAUACAUUUUUUAUAAAUGUGAAAUCGUGUGUUUGUUAGUUUGUGAAGAAAUUGUGCAGAUAUUUUUCAUUCUGGAAACGGUCAUAGAUAACUUUUUAGCUCCUGUAAAUAAACAAUGUCCAUGGGAUUUAUAAAAAUCCAAAUCUAAAGCUGAAGAAGUGAAAUUGCAUUCAUAUAAUGUCCAUGGCUGAUAUUUACAAAAAUCCGCUUCAAUUCAGUGUCUAUUGCCACAAAUAUUAAAUAAAGUCUGAUUCCUAAAUAAUUCCUACGGUAUUCCUUAUUUGGAGUACCUUUACAAAGUGACGUUAGUGCUGCCAGACGUUUUCGGCAUUUUGUACCAGAUUUUAUUUUUAAUCUUUCAUACACGUUCAGAAACUAUGGUAAGGUUUGUAGGUAUUUUCUAAUGUUAUUAAUAUUUAUUUAUUCUGGCAACACUAAAAGUCAUGCCACUAGUCUAGAUAUUCUUUUUUUAGUUUUAAAAGAUAUCAUGUAACAGAUCGUACUGAACUUCUCGAAUUUCAAUAUGUUACGUAUUUUUAGAUACAUUUUGUUUUAUUAAUGCAUUCAAUAAAAUAUACAACAGACGGAAAA